CAGUUCAUUAGAGUUGGGUUUCAUGGGUUGGAGAAGGAAAGAGGUGCUGCAUCUUCUGGUGACAGUGAGAUUUAAGGUAGGGGCCAAACGGCAGCGCAGUGUCGGAACUGAAAGAAACCAGUAGGAGAGGACUUGGAAGAUGCUGUCUACUGGUGUGGUUUUUACCUGGUUGCUCUUCACCCUAAAGGGGGUGAUAUCAGCAGUUUAUCUGGAGCCUAUGGAGGAGGAGCUCAAUGAAACUGUGAUUUGUACCAACGCCUACAUGGACGUCAUCAUUCCAAGUGCCUUUUUCCUCAACAAACUGCCUCCAGUUUAUGUUGAGGAUUUGCACCUAAAUGAUCCAGAAUGCCGUGGAGAGGAAAUCGGGGACAACUAUGUUUUUAGCAUAAAGACAAAUCUCUCAGACUGUGGGACCAUAAUGGUCUCUGAUGAUACACACAUCAUGUUCAUCAACACCAUACACAAUAACUAUUCAGAUGUCAUCACAAGAAACUACAUAAACAUCACAUUUGUGUGCCGCUACCCCAUAAACUACAUGGUCCAACAACCCAACAGCGAAAACAUGAUCCGAGUGGACGUCAGAAGCAUCACUCUGAACACUGAGGAUGGGAAUUUCUCGGUGUCGAUGCUGCUGUACAAAGAUGAAGCCUUUGAGGACAGAUGGACAACUGUGCCGUCUCUAACACUAGAUGAAAACAUCUUUGUGAAAGUUUUUAUGAUACCAGCUCACCUGAUGCUGCGUUUGGAGAGAUGCUGGGCCACACCCACCAGGGAUCCAUACGGCAACAUUCAGUAUACCUUCAUCAGAGACAGUUGUCCAGUGUUGGCCAACAAACAAACUCUCAGCGUCCUGACGAACGGUAAAGGUCCAGAGGCCAUGUUCAAGAUACAAAUGUUUAAGUUUGUGGGCAGCUCUUAUGCUUACGUCUUCCUGCACUGCAACGUCCAGAUCUGCCACAGCAGCCUGAGUGUGUGUAAGCCUAACUGUACAGCUAAAGAUGGACUGGUGAGGAUACGGAGAGACAUCCCACUGUCCCACACAGUGUCCUAUGGGCCAAUCAGACGUCUGCUCACUGCCAGUGAAAAACCCAAUCUAGACCCUAGCGGUCUCCCUCCAGUGGAGACUCUUGUCCUCGGAGGCUUGCUGGUCAUCUUGCUGCUCAUCACUGGGGUGUUUGGGAGGCUGUGGCUUCGCUCCAGACGUUUCUACCCAACACAGGAGGCACAGCUCACCCUUUCUAAUAUUCACCACAUCUCAGAGGUGGCUUCAUGAAGUGAGGCCUUUAUAAAAUGGACACAAAACACACAUAUACAUGUGUGAUUAUAACAAUGAUUGUUAUGAGUGUUUUCUGUUAAAAUGUUUUUUUGUUAAUAUUUUUAAAAAAUGACAGUCUACUGUCUCAUUUUUUUAACUUGCUCUUGCAGCCUUCAUAAUAAAACAACUAAAAAAUGUGUGCUUUAUUUUGAAAAUUCAGAGAUAUUGAUAAUAGAUAAUAAAUAUAUUACUGCUUUCUUUGUCCUAAUAUUGUUUAAAGUCACAUCACCCAGAUGUAUGUUGUAAAACUGCACUCAGGGUAUUUCCCUAGGUUGUCUAUUUCAGUACCUCAGACACAGCUCUGUGUCCAAUGUAUGGUAAGCUAAUUUAUUA